AAUUGUCCAUGUCUGCUGCUGUUCCUGCUCCCUCUUCUCAGUACCUGCAAAUGGGAGAGGAAUCAUAUUUUGAAUUUCUUGUUAUUAUUUGACACCAUUCUCUCUCUGUGUUUUUUUUUUCCUUUUUUUUUUCCUUUUUUUUUUCUCUUAUCUUUUAGCAUUCUGGCUGGACAUCCUCCCCCAAACAUGACUUUCUUGGUGUUUUCUAUUAAUUUCUUCUGCUCCUCUCCGGCUUUUUGCUUUGUGGGUACCCCUAAAAAUUAUAAAUUUCCUAUGAUGAAUUGACCUCAUUUCCUAUUUCCUCUAGUUUUAGCUUUCUGGGUAUACCAUUUGGUUAUUAUUACCCUGUUUGUCCCCUUAAUUUCUUGGUGUUUUGUCAGCUGGGUCUGGUGAUGUGGCUGUACUUCCACUGAUAGAAUCCAUACUGCGGUUGUGGUAAUGGAAAUUGAUCUGAACCAUUCAGUGAAUGAGGAGGAGAAGAGUGCACUCUGCAAUGGGGACUGUGAAAAGGGAAGUGGUUGUGUUCACUGUUUGUCCUCUUCAUCUUCUUCAUGUUCUUCAGACUCAUCUUCUCCUACUGGGUCUUCCUCAAUUUAUUCUGAACUUUGGCACGCCUGCGCCGGCCCUCUUACUUCGCUGCCCAAGAAGGGGCACGUGGUUGUCUACUUCCCUCAGGGACAUUUGGAACAGGUUGCCAUACCCUCUCCCUUCCCAUCCAUGGAAAUGCCCACCUUCGAUCUCCAACCACAAAUCUUUUGCAGGGUUGUAAAUGUUCAGCUACUUGCAAAUAAGGAGAAUGAUGAAGUCUUUACACAGGUUACUUUAAUUCCACUGCCAGAGUUGGUAGGACUGAAUUUGGAGGGGAAAGAUCUUGACGAGCUAGGUUUGGAUGAGGAAGGAGGUGGAGAGUCACCGAGAAAAUCCACCCCCCACAUGUUUUGCAAGACGCUGACAGCUUCUGAUACCAGUACUCAUGGGGGGUUCUCUGUUCCUCGAAGAGCUGCUGAAGAUUGUUUCCCUCCUUUGGAUUAUAAACAGCAAAGACCCUCCCAAGAGCUUGUUGCCAAAGAUCUUCAUGGAGUUGAGUGGAGAUUUCGACAUAUUUAUAGAGGCCAACCAAGGCGCCAUCUCCUAACCACAGGAUGGAGUAUCUUUGUGAGUCAAAAGAAUCUUGUUGCAGGGGAUGCGGUGCUGUUUCUGAGAGGUGAAGAUGGAGAGCUGAGAUUGGGAAUUAGAAGAGCUAUCCGACCAAGAAAUGGCCUCCCUGAUUCCAUUGUUGAAAAACAAAAUUCUUAUCCGAACAUUCUUUCUCCUGUGGGUAAUGCAAUAUCCACCAGGAGUACAUUUCAUGUAUUCUACAGUCCAAGGGCCAGUCAUGCAGAGUUUGUCAUACCCUACCAAAAGUUUAUCAAUAGCAUCCGAAAUCGAGUAUGCAUUGGAACUAGGUUCAAAAUGAGAUUUGAAAUGGAUGAUUCACCAGAGAGAAGAUGUAGUGGGGUAGUGACUGGAACCAGAGAUUCGGAUCCCUACAGAUGGCCUAACUCACAAUGGAGAUGCUUGAUGGUAAGAUGGGAUGAAGAAGUUGUGAACAGUCAUCAACAGAGAAUUUCCCCUUGGGAAAUUGAUCCGUCUGUUUCUCUUCCACCCUUGAGCAUUCAGUCUUCACCAAGGCUGAAAAAACUGCGGCCAGGUCUGCAGGCUGUCCAACCUGACAACCCUGUUUCUGCUGAACAGGGUGGGUUUUUGGACUUUGAGGAUUCUGUAAUAAGAUCCUCUAAGGUCUUGCAAGGUCAAGAAAAUGUAGGUUUUGUAUCACCCCUUCAUGGAUGUGAUACUGUUAACCGCCAGCUAGGUUUUGAGAUGCAACCCCCUGCACAUCAAAAUCUUUCAUCAGCUGGGAUACAGAAGGCAAAUAUUAAUGAGCUUAUGAGGGCUCACUCCUCUAUUUACCCAGGCUUUGUGGAAUCUAAUAGGUUUCAGAAGGUCUUGCAAGGUCAAGAAAUUUGCCCAUUGAGAUCUCUGACACAAAAGGCUGAUCUCAACCUCAGUUGGGGAAAACCCAAUCUCGGCUUCAGUACUUUCAAUGUGCAUCAGGCAUCUAAACCCAGCUUCCUUCCACUAGCCUCAGAAGGCCUUCGAAGUAUGUUUUUCCCUUAUUCUGAUCGGUACAGAGCUGUUGAAGAUUCCAUAAUGAACUCUUAUGCAUCCACCUUCCCAGGAGGGAAUGUGUCAUUAAAUGCUUCUUCUGCUGAGCCUGGGGCUAUGGGAGAUGUAGUUAGUUCUCCUAGUCUACUGAACAAGCACAAGCCUUCAGAAAGUAUUCCAAAACCUGCUCUUAGAGCAAAUAUGAGAAACCAACAGGAUGAUUGCUUCAAGGGUAACACAGCUGGAUGUAAGCUCUUUGGGUUCUCGUUGACAGGAGAACCACCAGCUACAAACUCACAGAACUCUGGUAAGAGGAGUUGUACAAAGGUUCACAAGCAAGGCAGCCUGGUUGGAAGAGCUAUUGAUCUAUCGAGACUGAAUGGAUAUGAUGACUUGAUGACUGAACUAGAACGACUAUUUGGAAUGGAAGGGCUUUUACGAGACCCUGAUAAAGGAUGGCAGAUCUUGUACACUGACAGUGAGAAUGAUGUCAUGGUCGUUGGAGAUGAUCCAUGGCAUGAAUUUUGUGACGUGGUGUCCAAGAUCCACAUAUACACCCAAGAAGAAGUGGAGAAGAUGACCAUAGGAGUGGUCAGUGACGAUACUCAAAGCUGUUUGGACCAAGCUCCGGUGAUAAUGGAAGCAUCAAAGUCCUCAUCAGUUGGCUAGCCAGAUUCCUCUCCAACAGUAGUAAGGAUUUGAGGAUUGGCUUUAUCAAGUAAUAAGUAUGGUCUUCGCCAUUAUGUGUGCACUCGUUAUUGAAUCCUAAACCCUUUUUGGUACCUCUUAUCUAUAUGUCCCAUGCUUAGUCGUGGUUAUUAUUAGGGGAAUGUAUUGGAAAUUAGAAGUUGCUGUUGUUGGCCUCAAAGACAUUGAUAAUUGAGGUUGAUUGAAGUGUUUUCCUCUCAUCAACUAAGUUUGCACCAGUUCAUUAGUAAUGCAUUAUCUCCUGGUUCGUCAUGAACAUUUUGAAUUACAUGUGGGGAUGAGCUUUACCACUAGGAAUUUUGCUCUUUCCUUCUUUCAAAUUCCGCCCAACUUGUCUUG